GAGGAACGGGGCCCGAUAAAAGGCGGCGAAGCGGCCCCACCCCGCGGCAGGCCGGCGGGCAGGCUCCGCGCGUCCCUUCCGUCCGGCCCGCGCCGGCGGCGGGGAGGCGGCGCGCGCGGCCCGCAGCCCGCCCAUGGAGGCUUUCCCCUGGGCGCCCCGCUCGCCCCGCCGCGGCCGCGCCCCCCCGCCCAUGGCGCUCGUGCCCAGCGCCCGCUACGUGAGCGCCCCGGGCCCGGCGCACCCGCAGCCCUUCAGCUCGUGGAACGACUACCUGGGGCUCGCCACGCUCAUCACCAAGGCGGUGGACGGCGAGCCGCGCUUCGGCUGCGCCCGCGGCGGCGACGACGGCGGCGGCGGCGGCUCCCCGCCCUCCUCUUCCUCCUCGUCCUGCUGUUCUCCCCACGCGGGGGCCGGGCCCGGGGCGCUGGGGCCAGCGCUGGGGCCGGCCGACUACGACGAAGACGAGGACGACGACAGCGACGAGCCGGGGUCCCGGGGCCGCUAUCUGGGGGGCGCGCUGGAGCUGCGCGCGCUGGAGCUGUGCGCGGGCCCCGCCGAGGCCGGGCUGCUGGAGGAGCGCUUCGCGGAGCUGAGCCCGUUCGCCGGUCGCGCCGCCGCCGUGCUGCUGGGCUGCGUACCCGCCGCCGCCGAGACGGCGCCGCGCGACGAGCGGGCCCCGGCGUGGGCGCCCGAGCCCCGGCUGCACGCCGCCUCGGGGGCGGCCGCCGCCCGGCUGCUCAAGCCUGAGCUGCAGGUGUGCGUGUUCUGCCGGAACAACAAGGAGGCGGUGGCGCUCUACACCACCCACAUCCUGAAGGGACCCGACGGGCGAGUGCUGUGCCCGGUCCUGCGCCGCUACACGUGUCCCCUGUGCGGCGCCAGCGGAGACAACGCGCACACCAUCAAGUACUGCCCGCUCUCCAAAGCGCCGCCGCCGCCCGCCGCCCGCCCGCCGCCGCGCAGCGCCAGGGACGGCCUGCCGGGCAAGAAGCUGCGCUGAGGGCCUGGGCUCCGCUCUGCUGCUCGCUGACGCCGGCAGGGUCGCCGCCUGCCCACCCUCUGUUUUGGUCUGCGCACCGUCUCUCCCUCGCUGUUGGGGAGGCUUGGAGCUUGGGAGUUGGCUCAAUUUGGAAAGUCGUCUGU